GAUGAAGAAGCAGUUGUGGAUAGAGGUGGAACACGUUCUAUUCUCAAAACACAUUUUGAGAAAGAAGAUUUAGAAGGUCAUCGAACAUUAUUUAUUGGAGUUCAUGUGCCCCUGGGUGGAAGAAAAAGCCACCGUCGUCACAGGCAUCGUGGUCAUAAGCACAGGAAGAGGGACAGAGAGAGAGAUUCAGGACUAGAGGACGGACGAGAGUCACCUUCUUUCGAUACCCCGUCACAGCGGGUGCAGUUUAUUCUUGGAACUGAGGACGAUGAUGAGGAGCACAUUCCCCAUGACCUUUUCACAGAACUGGAUGAGAUUUGCUGGCGUGAAGGGGAAGAUGCCGAAUGGAGAGAGACAGCCAGGUGGUUAAAGUUUGAAGAAGAUGUGGAGGAUGGAGGAGAACGGUGGAGCAAGCCCUAUGUGGCCACGCUUUCAUUGCACAGCUUGUUUGAGCUGAGAAGCUGUGUUCUGAAUGGAACUGUGCUACUGGAUAUGCGUGCUAAUACUUUAGAAGAAAUUGCAGAUAUGGUCCUUGACCAACAAGUCAGCUCAGGUCAACUGAAUGAAGAUGUACGCCACAGAGUUCAUGAAGCCCUGAUGAAACAGCAUCAUCACCAGAACCAGAAAAAACUCACCAACAGGAUUCCUAUUGUCCGAUCUUUUGCUGACAUUGGCAAGAAACAAUCAGAGCCAAACUCUAUGGAUAAAAAUGCAGGUCAGGUUGUUUCUCCUCAGUCUGCUCCAGCCUGUGCUGAGAAUAAAAAUGAUGUGAGCAGGGAAAACAGCACUGUUGACUUUAGCAAGGGACUGGGAGGCCAGCAAAAGGGGCAUACUAGUCCAUGUGGGAUGAAACAAAGGCAUGAAAAAGGACCUCCACACCAGCAAGAGAGAGAGGUUGAUCUGCAUUUUAUGAAGAAGAUUCCUCCAGGUGCCGAGGCUUCAAACAUAUUGGUGGGAGAGCUGGAGUUCCUGGACAGAACUGUCGUCGCCUUCGUCAGGUUGUCUCCAGCUGUCCUGCUGCAAGGCCUGGCUGAAGUUCCAAUCCCAAGCAGAUUUCUGUUCAUUCUUCUGGGACCCCUUGGAAAGGGUCAACAAUAUCAUGAGAUUGGCAGAUCUAUUGCAACCUUAAUGACAGAUGAGGUAUUUCAUGAUGUUGCUUACAAAGCUAAAGACCGCAAUGACUUGGUGUCAGGUAUUGAUGAGUUUCUGGACCAAGUCACAGUUCUCCCUCCUGGAGAAUGGGAUCCAAGUAUCCGGAUAGAACCUCCCAAAAAUGUUCCUUCCCAGGAGAAGAGGAAGAUUCCUGCUGUGCCGAAUGGAACAGCAGCUCAUGGAGAAGCUGAGCCCCACGGAGGACAUAGUGGACCUGAGCUCCAGCGAACUGGAAGGAUUUUUGGGGGACUUAUAUUAGAUAUCAAAAGAAAAGCUCCAUUCUUCUGGAGUGACUUCAGAGACGCUUUCAGCCUGCAAUGUUUAGCAUCUUUCCUGUUUCUCUACUGUGCGUGCAUGUCUCCGGUCAUCACAUUUGGAGGACUGUUGGGAGAAGCAACUGAAGGUCGUAUAAGUGCAAUCGAAUCACUGUUUGGAGCAUCUAUGACUGGGAUAGCCUAUUCUCUAUUUGGUGGACAACCCCUUACCAUAUUAGGCAGUACAGGACCUGUUUUGGUGUUUGAAAAGAUUUUGUUUAAAUUUUGCAAAGAAUAUGGGCUGUCAUACUUGUCUUUACGAGCCAGCAUUGGGCUUUGGACUGCAACACUGUGUAUCAUCCUGGUGGCCACUGAUGCGAGCUCCCUUGUCUGCUAUAUCACUCGGUUUACUGAAGAAGCUUUUGCUUCUCUUAUUUGCAUCAUCUUUAUCUAUGAAGCCCUGGAGAAGUUGUUUGAACUUAGUGAAGCCUAUCCAAUCAAUAUGCACAACGAUUUGGAACUGCUGACGCAGUACUCAUGUAACUGUAUGGAGCCACAUAGUCCCAGCAAUGAUACACUGAAGGAAUGGAAAGAGUCCAAUAUUUCUGCCUCUGACAUAAUUUGGGGGAACCUCAGCGUGUCCGAGUGCAGAUCACUGCACGGGGAAUAUGUUGGGCGAGCCUGUGGCCAUGGCCACCCCUACGUGCCUGAUGUUCUCUUUUGGUCGGUGAUCCUGUUCUUCUCCACAGUUACCAUGUCAGCCACCCUGAAGCAGUUCAAGACGAGCCGGUAUUUCCCAACCAAGGUUCGAUCCAUAGUGAGUGAUUUUGCAGUUUUUCUUACAAUUCUCUGUAUGGUUUUAAUUGACUAUGCCAUUGGGAUUCCAUCGCCAAAACUAAAAGUACCAAGUGUUUUCAAGCCUACAAGAGACGACCGUGGAUGGUUUGUUACACCACUUGGUCCAAACCCAUGGUGGACAAUUAUAGCUGCCAUUAUCCCAGCUUUGCUUUGUACAAUUCUGAUUUUCAUGGACCAACAGAUUACAGCUGUCAUCAUCAACAGAAAAGAGCACAAGCUAAAGAAAGGUUGUGGCUAUCACCUGGAUCUGUUAAUGGUGGCCGUCAUGCUGGGUGUGUGCUCCAUUAUGGGCCUGCCAUGGUUCGUGGCUGCCACAGUCCUCUCCAUCACGCAUGUCAACAGCCUGAAGCUGGAAUCAGAAUGCUCUGCUCCAGGAGAACAACCCAAAUUUCUCGGCAUCAGAGAACAGAGGGUGACUGGGCUCAUGAUUUUUAUUCUUAUGGGGUCAUCCGUUUUUAUGACCAGUAUUCUGAAGUUUAUACCCAUGCCAGUGUUAUAUGGAGUGUUUCUCUAUAUGGGUGCUUCAUCUCUAAAGGGAAUUCAGUUAUUUGAUAGAAUAAAGCUCUUCUGGAUGCCAGCCAAACAUCAACCAGAUUUUAUAUACCUAAGGCACGUACCGCUCCGGAAAGUCCACCUCUUCACGGUUAUUCAGAUGAGCUGUCUUGGUCUUCUGUGGAUAAUCAAGGUCUCAAGAGCUGCUAUUGUCUUUCCUAUGAUGGUGUUAGCCCUGGUAUUUGUGAGGAAGUUGAUGGACUUCUUGUUUACCAAACGGGAACUCAGCUGGCUUGAUGAUUUAAUGCCCGAGAGUAAGAAAAAGAAACUUGAAGAUGCUGAAAAAGAAGAAGAACAAAGUAUGCUAGCCAUGGAAGACGAGGGCACAGUACAACUCCCACUGGAGGGACACUACAGAGAUGACCCAUCCGUGAUCAAUAUUUCUGAUGAAAUGUCAAAGACUGCCAUGUGGGGAAACCUUCUGGUUACUGCUGACAACUCAAAAGACAAGGAGUCACGCUUUCCUUCCAAAAGCACUGAAAGCCGAAAAGAGAAGAAAGCUGACUCAGGGAAAGGUGUUGACAGGGAGACUUGUCUAUGA